AUGGCAACCAAUAACGGUACAGCUGCAACACCAGUGGUAUUCACUUCGACCUCUCAGGUGGUCCUGCCCAAUACCCCAGGAGCAGUACCAGUACCAACAACCUCCAGCAGCGCCGUUGUUGUAGAUACAACUUCGACUUCGAUAUCAACAACCUCACAGGCUCCUUCGGAUGUCAUUGCGUCAACUACUUCUUCCACAAGCGCUGCUGCAGCCGCCGCUCCAACAGCAUCAUCAUCGUCAACCUCGGAUUUUCAAGUCACUAGAAUUGUGCUUACGUCCUCGACCAGUGAUGGAACACCGCAACCCAAAACAAUCACCCUGACUUCUACAUCGUCUACUCCAGUUGCGACUCCUUCGGCAAUAACAGGUGUGACUGCAACCAAAUCAUCAGCCAGCAAAUCAAGCGGAGCUCCCAUUGCAACAGCUGGCUCCUCUACCUCCACUUCUUCGGGUCUCUCUGCGGGUGGCAAGAUUGCUGUAGCUGUUGUCGUACCCGUUGUUGCCGUUGCUUUGAUCGUCCUCGCCGUUCUCUUCCUCUGGCGGAGACGGAAGCAACGCAUGGACGGCGAGGAACUGCGGAGGAAAGAAGUGGAAGAAUACGGGUUCAAUCCUAACAAUGAUCCCACACUACCCGUCGUUGGAGGUGCCAGCAGUUCGGGAGAUGAACCAUCAGAGAUGAGAGAGACGGAUGGAGCCGGUUAUCGAGGCUGGGGCACAACAUCGACCAACCGAAACCCCUCUACUACCCUCGCAAGCAGUCAAGGACCCAUUGGCAUGGCCAGAUCUACCAGUGGCAGUGAAAACGGACGUUAUCUCAACGGUUCACCAACCGCCGGAACGAACAAGAGCUCGGACGUACAGUCUAAUGACCCUCUUGUUGGGAGCCCAAUUAAGAAUCGACCAUUGAGCGAAGACUCGGAAACCAUUGGAGCCCUUGGCACCGUGCCCACAAAUGGCAAACCUCAAGACAUUCAUAGAGGAACCUCUAAUGCGUCUUCGGCUUACUCUGGAGCACAUCGAUCGGACACCUCCGGUGAAGGCGCGGUACCUGGGAGUGCACCUGCCCAGCAAUACUACAACGAAGGCAUGUUCUACGAUGAAGGCAUGCCACAGCAUGGACCAUAUGGGGACGGAAGCUAUGGUGGUGGACAGCCAGUCAUCCGAGACGUAUCAGCUAGAAGGGAUACUCGGAUCGAGAACCCCUCGGUUAUCCCUCAGCAAGGAAACGCAGGCAUUGCACAAAAUUUCUGA